GAAGUAGGAGGGAACGGCGGCGAGGAAGGGAGAUGAGGAUGGACCGAGGGGAGGCAACGCGAGGCGUGCGGAGGGCUCCUUGCGCGUGGGAGAGCUCCCAGCAGCCUCUGCCCCCCAGCAGCCGAGGCAAGUGGGUGAGGCUCAACGUCGGCGGCACCAUCUUCCUCACCACCCGGCAAACGCUGUGCCGCGAGCAGAAAUCCUUCCUCUGCCGCCUGUGCCAGGGAGAGGAGCUGCAGUCGGAUCGGGAUGAGACGGGUGCAUAUCUCAUUGAUCGGGAUCCCACUUAUUUUGGACCCAUUCUGAAUUUCCUCCGGCAUGGGAAGCUAGUACUGGAUAAAGAUAUGGCAGAGGAAGGGGUUCUGGAAGAAGCCGAAUUCUACAACAUCGGGUCUCUAAUCAGGCUAAUCAAGGACAGACUGGAAGAAAAGGACUACACUAUAACACAGGUGCCUCCGAAACACGUGUACAGGGUUUUGCAGUGUCAGGAGGAAGAACUCACACAAAUGGUUUCUACUAUGUCAGAUGGAUGGCGUUUUGAACAGCUGGUGAAUAUUGGGUCAUCCUAUAAUUAUGGGAAUGAGGACCAAUCAGAGUUCCUGUGCGUGGUCUCCAAAGAGCUCCUCAGCUCGCCCAGCGGCCUGUGCACUGAGCCCAGCCGGAAAGCCAAGAGCACAGAGGAGGACCUAGAGGAGGAAGAGCAGAAGGAAGCGGAGCUGCAGGAGGAGGAGGAAGAGGAGAAGGUGGUGGAGCAGGAGCGAGAGGAAGCCGGAGUGGAAGAAGAGGAGAAAGGUGCAGCCAACCUCUGAAGACAGCCAGGAACAAAACCAAUACCGGACCUUAAAGCCGCAUGCUCCCUUUUCUGGCGGGAGCAGGUGGGGGGAAGCACGAAAGGGGUGCUUCUGCAGGUGAUGCUUAUGCAGGGAGGAAGCAAUACCUGGUGGCCAAAGGCUCAGGGAGGGAGGGGGGAGAUCAGUUCAUUUUGGAAGCUGCUGCAUUUAGGUCUAAACCACGUGUGUGUAGUGGUGUUUUUCUUUUUCUUACUUCUGAAUUUGUUGCAGAUUGGAAUUGUGUCUACCCCAGGAUUCCUCCAAUUCCCUCCCUGCCUUCUUCCCUUUUGGGUUCCUUUUCACUUUGGCUUUUUCAACUUGUGCACAUUUCCCCCUGCCUUGCCAAUCCUUCUUUCCUCACCUUCUUUCUUCUCUCCCUGAGCCAGCAAAGAUCUUUUAAUCUUUCCCAGCCUAGAUCUCUUCCUCCUCUGCCAGCCCAGCCCUGGUCUGCACUCCCAGACUUGGACGAGUGACUCCCACUCCCUUCCCUUUGCUCGGACAUUUGGGUGGGCUUAGUGCACCCUUGUCCUGAAUUUGUCUUCCAGGGUAGCCCUUGCAGCCCCGGAGUGGGGUGAAGAAACUUGGGGCAGAAGAGAAAUGCAAUUCGGCCAGGGAGCAGGGGAGAGAUAGCUGCCUGCAGUGAACCUCUGAAGCUGCCUUUAUAGCAAGAAUGUGAAACCUGUUGCCCUCCUAGCUGUUGUUAGACUCCAUCAUCCUGGAUGAUUGGCUAUGCCAGCUGGGGCUGAUGGGAGAUGGAGUCCAGUAACAGUGGGAGAUUCACAGGUUCCCCACACUGCUCUAUGGUAGAGUACGCCAAUAGCCCACCCAGUCUACUGCUGUCUGUUUUUUUAUGGACAACAGUUCUCCAAGGUCUCUGUCUGGACUCCAAGCGCUAUUCCUUGACCCUCGUAGCUGGAGAAGCCCGAGAUUGAGCCUGGAGCCUUCUGUGUGCAAAACAUGCUUCUCUCCAUUCAGCAGCAGGGCAGGCACUUGAUGCUAAACCAGAGAAACCCACAUCCUGUACUGCAGGAAUCCAUGUAUCUGUGCUCAGAAUAAAUCAAUGCAGAUUUGCAUUGCAUGUAAUAUGCUUAUUUCUCGUUAUGGUGCUUAAGAACUAUUGCGGAGGGCAAGCAGCGUGGUCUGGGAAAACUAGCAGGAGGAGAAAUCGGGGCCUAGGUGCAGGAUGGGGAGGGGCAGGAAUCGAUGCAACACAUAGCAGAUCUGCUCCAUGUCCACCUCCCUUCCCCUAAUAGUCUUGGUUACUCGUUUUCCGCAGGGGCUGCUCAUUUUGGCCCAUCCUCUCUCCUAGCGCAUCCGCCUCCCUUCAACAAGCUCACAACCUUUAAGCCUAGAAACUGAAAAUUUGGAUUCGCAAGAAGCCAGAUUCUGUGGCCAGGCAUUGUCCACAAUCCAAUACAGAGUUAAGUGCUCUUAAGGAUACUGAUUUCAACUGAAGGUGGAAACAGAAGAGCGUAGCAAUCAUUUUCAGUAUCUUCGUACAAGCUCUAUUCCUAGAAGCAGCUAUCUAAUCCUUUGGAGGGGAGGUGUGGAUCUUGCUGGUACUUUGCUUGCAAGUUCCCACAUCUGCCUUCCUUCCGAUAAUUAUAAAAACUUACGUUUUCUUGGCAGGAACAGAUAUUGCACUGUAGCUUCUGGUCCAUGAGAAGCGUUCCCUCUUCCUCAGAAUUAGAACUCAGGAUUUAGCAGAAGGGCUGUCUUUUUCAUUACGAAGAAGCCCUCAUUGUCCUCUGCAAUGAGAGCUGGAGAAUUUGGUUCUAGGAGUGCAGGCUUCUCCUUUCUCCUUCUGUGCAGGAACCUCUGCAAUCCACUGUGGCUUGAAUAUGAAUAUCACAUCGCCCUUCAGGCUACUAGUGCUUUUAUGUGCAUGACCCCUGCCCCCCCUCUCUCUCCUUCCCUCCUUCCACUUGCCCCUCUUCUGCCUCCUCUUCCUCUGUCUUAAUCCAGCUUUCUCCCUUUCACUUGGCUUCUCUGGCUUUGCUUGUUCUUGUCACUUUAAGCUGUUACAAACCAGAUGUCUCAGGAUAUGAUGCUGAUCAAUGUUGUUGUUUUUUUUAAAUGUUAAUUUUAAAGUCUUUAUUUUUGUACUGUACUUUUUUCAAAAUAAAAAAAAACACAGUGGGGGUGCGGGUGGAGUUAGAAUAAUA